AUGUUCACUCAUACUCCGCCCACCAUUUCACUGCAUAGUAUGGCAACCCGCCUCUCCCAAAUACGUCUCUCGCCAUAUUCUUCUCGGUCAACAAAGAAAGAGCGAUUCGACUACACAUCGAGUCCAGCCAAGAGAUCGAAGUACCCAGCGCGGCAAGUCCACCGCGACCGCAUGGCACAGCCGGCGACGCAGUCUCAGCAGGCUGGGACUCGUCGACCACACUACCAGUCACAUCAGCAACAAGACGCAGAUCGGACCCGUCCAGGUGGUGCCCGUCCUUUACCGGAGACACCUCGCAAGCCUCAUCAUCAGGAUUGGAACAAGCGAGACGAGGCCAACUUGAUGAAGUCGUUGCCUCGUAAACCGGUUCAACGCAAGCCUUUGCAGGACAUUAAUCCUAACGUCUACGACUCACGCUCUACGCCUCGCGGCCCUCGCCAGCAGCAAAUGCCUGCGCGUAAAGCUUCAACGGCGACUUCGCAAGCGCAGUCUCGGAUGUCAGAGAUGUAUACCAUGAUCGACAACCAUUUGGCGUGGAACAUGUCUACCUCUGACCUUGAGUCCGAUCGCCCUGAUAGUUCCGGCACCAUGUUCGUCGACUUCGGCACCAACGGCGAAAUGGAAGUCUCCUACCGCAACGGCGUGAACAAGAAGCUGCCUACUCCACCCGUACCAUCGAAGAUCCUAGCGCCAUCGAAGCCCACAUCCCCCCGCCACGAGUCGGAAGUCAAGGAAGUCCUCGACGUACAGCAAAAGGAGAUUAAGCAGCACAAGCCGCCCCCUCCACGGCCGUCAUACUCCUCGCGCCACGACUCAGUCUUCUCGUCUGGCGCCGAGCACGAGGAGCACAUUGAUCGAUUCCAGGCUCGAUCGCUGCCGCAAGUCCCAGCUACCAGCUCUCGACGCACUGGAAACUUGCAACGGGAGAUUCGAAGGUCAUACCCACCGCAAGUGCACCGCACCCAGCGCUCCUCCUCACCACAAACCGCACUGACACACCACACCUCGCCUACCCCAUCACAAACCUCCACCGCAUCAUACCACACUGCACCUCCUCCCCGAGAUGAUACCGCAUACACGGUGGUCGAGCCCUCAGGCCUGACAGUGCAGUGCCACCCCUCACACACACCCGGCACAGGCUCAAAGCCCGCAACCGGAUCCUAUGUGUCCGGCUACGAUCCUGCCACGAACUACACAUACGACUACGACGGUCGCACGGUGCAUGUGCACGGCGAAUCGACGGUGUCGCGCCCAUCAUCAUACACAUCCGAAUAUUUCGACAUCCCGGUCUCAACUUACAACGCCUCCAUCUCCACCUACCACCUCUCUACCUCUGCUUCUGCUUCUACAGCUGUAGCGCGAGUCCAGACUGAGAGGCCACUUCCCCGUCUCCCACCCUGCGCGCAGCUGCCGGAGCCACCACAGCAGGACGUAAAGAAGCGGCGCAAGGUGCUGAAGUUUGUGCAGAAGUUGUUGCAUAAGCUGGACGAUUUGGGGGUGAUGAAGGAUUUGUCGUCUCAUAACCGCCAACGGCAUUCACAGCCAGCUAGUGCGACGAAGCCGUGGGUGGAGUGUAGACAUGUGACGUAGAGAAGCGGAGUCGCUGUAGAAUAAUUGGAGUGGAGGG